UUUCAGAAACCGAGGUCGUGUACCGAGAUAUGCACGGCGGCCUCAGCGUUUACAACGCCCACAACAACACAGUCAGAGUGCUCAUGACUAAUUCUACUUUUGUAAGUCACUGACAUUAUAAUCUUGUUUCAGAAACCGAGGUCGUGUACCGAGAUAUGCACGGCGGCCUCAGCGUUUACAACGCCCACAACAACACAGUCAGAGUGCUCAUGACUAAUUCCACUUUUAGACAAUUGAAUGCUGCCCACUUCAGAGUGUCCAGUGAUCUUAAGUUUGUACUGCUCAUUUCAGACAUCAAAAAAAUCUACACGAACACGUUCGAAGCAAGAUAUCACAUCUACGAAGUGGCCACUCAGAGCAGGGCGCCUCUGACGCCGGCACCGACGACUGUAGGGGACACGGAAGCUCCUCUGCUACAGUUGGCGAUGUGGGCGCCGCGGGGCAGCGGGCUGGCGUUCGUCCACAACAACGACCUCUACUACAAGCCUAAGGCCAAGGGUCAGGUGUUCCGCCUCACCACCACAGGCUCCCCCACAGUCAGCAACGGGCUGCCUGACUGGAUUUACCAGGAGGAGCUUAUGACGUCAGGCCGAGCCAUCUGGUUCUCCCCGGACGGCAAAUCUCUCGUGUUCGCCUCCUUCAACGAUAGUCUGGUCGGCCAACUCAAGUACCCCGUCUACGGGCCCAAGUCUCUCUACCCCAGGAUAUACUCUAUAAGAUACCCUAAGCCCGGGACGGCGAAUCCUGAAGUGAAACUGUGGCUGGUGAACGUCACCCACCCCAAGACACCCAACACAUCUCAACUGUUACCCUCACCUGUCAUGCUCACCGAUUCGCAGCUGCCUUACCUAAUCGACGUGAGUUGGGCAGCCGACCGCCACGUGGCAGUGGUGUGGAUGAACAGAAGACAGAACAUGUCCUCCGUCGUCAUCUGCUCCAAUCCCAUGUGGACCUGUGAGGACUCGCACGUACAGAAGUCACCACGGUGGGUGGAGCCGAGUCCAGUGCUGUUUUCCAGUGAUCACAGUACGUACCUGACUCUGCUCCCGGUGUUGGACGGGGACGCGGGACACUUCACACAUGUCUGUCACGUGGACAGGGAGAGUCAUCAGGUGACGCCGCUGACACACGGACAGCUCACUGUCACAAGGAUCCUGGCCUGGGACAAUGAGAACCACAUUGUAUAUUUCGAGGCAGCACCAGAGCGCAAGCCAGCACAGCGACACGUCUACAGGGUUUCUGAUAUCGUCAACAUCACCAGCCAGAUGCAGUGGGAGUGUCUCACUUGUCCAAUAUAUCCCAUAAACGGCUCCAACAUCACCAGUAUGGUGGACCAGACAAAUGAAAUGUACCCUGUGAAAUCCAUGUCUUGUCUGUACACAAGAGCAACAUUUUCCCUUGGCACAAGUCCAAGGUUCUACAUCUUGGAGUGCCUAGGUCCUGACACGCCAUCUGUGCUGGUGUUAAAUGCUUUAACCAACACAAGAGUGACAAUGCUGGAUCCCCACAAGCUGUUGGCAGACAGGUACACGAGUAUGGCACGGCCACAGAUCAAGAUAUUUCAAGUAGAGGUGGAGUCUGGGUACCACGCCCAGGUGCGUCUGAUGCUGCCUCCUGGCCUGAGGGAGUACGAGGAGAUGUCCUUCCCUCUUGUCCUCAAAGUGGGCACAACGCCAGGUAGUCAGCUAGUGACAGAACGGUGGGAGGUGGACUGGAGCACAUACCUUGUCAGUCAGCGAAACUUCAUUGUGGCAGAAAUCGACGGCAGAGGUUCCGGCUACCAAGGGGACCGCAUGAAGCAUGAAAUUUUCCAUCGCCUUGGUCAGCAGGACGUAGAGGAUCAGAUAUCUGUCAUCACGUACCUCAGGGACAAUCUGAGGUUUAUCGAUCGUACAAGAAUGGGUGUCUGGGGUAAGGGUUAUGGAGGAUUCGCCACUGCAAUGAUUCUAUCACAAGAAGUAGGACUAUUCCACUGUGGCAUUGCCCUUGCACCUAUCACCAGUUGGGCUCAUUACGAUUCCGUGUUCACAGAAAGAUUCAUGGGGACUCCAAAUGUGACUGACAACUAUAGAGGCUAUGAAGAAUCUGACCUCAGUAAGCGAGCAGGAAAUCUUCGUGACAAACCGUUCCUUCUGAUCCAUGGAUCAGCAGACAACACUGUACAUUUCCAGCACAGCAUGAUCUUGGUCCAUGGUCUUACCCAAGAGGGUGUCAUGUUCAGACAUCAGACUUACCCAGAUGAGGGGCACAAUUUUGACGGUGUGCAAGAGCACCUGUAUCGUGCCAUGGAGGCAUUCUGGGAUGAAUGCUUCGGCCCAUUGGACUUCAUUGAGUGGGAGAUUGGUUCAACAUUCUUCAGCUUCAAGCAAUAGCAGGAGCAGGUGGUCUUGCUGGACAACUGCAUGUCUGAAAGCACUGAAGGCAGCUGUGAGAUGUAAGGUCUUCACUCGAAGAGAGACUACAGCGAUGUCUACAUACAGUGUUUGUAUCAUUAAUGAGCUAUCUGUUUGUUAGGACAACUGCAUGUCUGAAAGCACUGAA